UGCAAGAAAGCUACCAGCCUCCCCCCGUGAGCGAAUAUUGGUCUUCCCUUCACAAAUAGAGAGAUGGGACUUUUGGGCCAAAACCAAACAGAGGAGUUUUUUGCUAUUUUGCCCUCCAAAAGAGGUCUUUAAAGCCAGCCUCAGCUUUGCUCCAAAAUCUCACUUCCCCUUACUCUCCUCCAAUUAGAACUACAGCUAGAGAUAGAGAUAGAGAUGAGCCACUCUUCUCUCAUGUCUACAAUAAAAGAGCUUCUCUUCCUCCUCCCUCCAGCUCUUCUAGCCCUCUUCCUCUAUACCAACCUCAUCAGAAGGAAGAGAAAGAAGCCCAACCUGCCCCCCGGGAGGUCCGGAUGGCCUUUUCUCGGCGAGACCUUCUCCUAUCUCAAGCCUCACCCUGCCACCUCCAUAGGCCAAUUCAUGGAACAACAUGUAUCAAGGUAUGGGAAGAUCUAUAGGUCCAGUCUUUUCGGCGAGCCGACGAUAGUAUCGGCCGAUGCGGGUUUGAACCGGUUCAUUCUCCAGAACGAGGGGAAGUACUUUGAGUGUAGCUACCCGAGGAGCAUCGGCGGGAUUCUCGGCAAGUGGUCGAUGCUAGUUCUUGUCGGAGAGAUGCAUCGAGAGAUGAGGAUGAUCUCACUCAACUUCAUGAGCAACGUCAGGCUCCGUUCGCAUCUCCUCCCGGAGGUGGAGAGGCAUGCUUUGCUUGUUCUUAGGUCUUGGAAGGAGAAUUCAGUCUUCUCGGCACAAGAGGAAGCUAAGAAAUAUACUUUUAAUCUGAUGGCAAAGAAUAUAAUGAGCAUGGAUCCAGGAGAGCCCCAGACUGAGAAGUUGAGAAGAGAGUACAUAACCUUCAUGAAGGGAGUGGUAUCCGCCCCACUGAACUUUCCUGGGACUCCAUACUGGAAGGCUCUAAAGUCACGAUCGACGAUCCUUGGGGUGAUCGAGCGGAAAAUGGAUGAAAGAUUCCAAAACAUGAGCCAGGGACAAGAGAGAUGUGAGGAAGAUGAUCUCCUUGGGUGGGCUCUAAAGCAAUCCAAUCUUUCUAAAGAGCAGAUCCUUGAUCUCUUGCUGAGCUUGCUCUUUGCUGGCCAUGAAACAUCAUCCAUGGCCUUAGCUUUAACCAUCUUUUUCCUCGAAGACUGCCCAAAAGCUGUUCAAGAACUGCAGGAGGAGCACCUUGAGAUUGCCUCCAGGAAGAAACUAAAAGGAGAUCAGUCCGGACUAAACUGGGAAGACUACAAGCAAAUGGAAUUCACCCAAUGUGUUAUAAAUGAGACACUACGGCUGGGGAACGUGGUUAGGUUCGUUCACAGAAAGGUUCUUCAAGACGUCCGGUACAAAGGGUAUGACAUUCCCUGUGGGUGGAAAAUUCUUCCUGUGUUCGUGGCGGUUCACUUGGACUCUUCCUUGUAUGAUGACCCUCACCAGUUCAAUCCUUGGAGGUGGCAGAAGAGCUCUCUUGGGACGACGACAACAAACGACUUCAUGCCAUAUGGUGGCGGCCCCCGUCUAUGUGCAGGCUCCGAGCUCGCCAAGCUUGAGAUAGCAGUGUUCCUGCACCACCUUAUACUAAACUAUCGAUGGGAAUUGGCAGAGCUUGACCAAGCCUUUGCUUGCCCCUUUGUAGACUUCUCCAAAGGUCUACCAAUAAAGGUCCAAUCCAUCACAUGAUACUGUUUUUCUAAGAGUAGGAGAGAGAUUGGAAGUCCAUUCUGGGGCUCAACGAGAAUGUAAACAAUUAACGGGG